AUGGUUUAUGGGAUCGAAGAAAUCGACUUAAAAUUAAGCAUAUUGAUUGAAUCUAAAAUUCGAAAAGAACUUGAAUAUUACGGUAAAGAUUUAACAGAAGAGGAAUUAUGGGCAUGUGCUAAUAUGAGAACAAUUCUAAUUGAUUU